AUGGCUAUCACCACCUUCUUCUCCUUCUCCUUCAUCCUUGUCCUCUCUCUCUUCACCCUGAUAUCUGCAAAAUGUCACCCAGAUGAUGAACAAGCCCUGCUUUCUUUCAAGUCCGCCAUCACCGCCGACCCCUCCGCCAUGCUUUCAUCUUGGAAACCUGCCACCGACUGCUGCAUCUGGGCUGGAAUCUCAUGUCAAGCUCCCAACAACCGUGUCAAUAGUAUAUCACUUUCCGGCCAACCCAACUCCUACUUAUCGGGUACCAUAUCGUCUUCCCUCUCAAAGCUCCGUUUCCUUGAUGGUAUUUACCUCGAAAAUACACGCAAUUUAUCGGGUCCUUUUCCCACUGUUCUGUUUCAUCUUCCCAAUCUCCGGUAUGUUUAUAUCGAGAAUAACAAGUUAUCGGGUCGGUUGCCGACAAAUAUUGGUAACUUGACCAGACUCUAUGCACUUAGCUUAGAGGGUAAUAGAUUCUCUGGGAAAAUACCGAGUUCGAUCUCCAAGUUGACUGAGUUAUCGCAGCUCAAACUCGGUGGCAACCAUUUCACCGGAACGAUACCCGACGGAAUACGACAACUUAAGAAUCUAACGCUUCUAGCUCUAGACCGGAACAAACUUACCGGGAGUAUUCCGGAUAUUUUCACUUCAUUUUCAGACCUUCGGGUUCUUAGAUUGUCGUAUAACAGGUUUUCCGGUAACAUUCCGGCGAGCAUUUCUGGUCUGGCUCCGUUACUGGCGUACCUGGAAUUAGGCCAUAAUUCACUAAGCAGAAGAAUCCCAGAUUUUCUCGGCAAGUUUCGGGCGUUAGACACUUUGGAUUUAUCGUGGAAUCGAUUUUCGGGAACGGUACCAAAAACUUUUGGGAAUCUGACGAAGAUCUUCAAUUUGGAUCUCUCACACAAUCAACUAAUAGAUCCAUUUCCUGUUAUGAAUGUAAAAGGUAUUGAAUCGCUGGAUUUGUCGUAUAAUAAAUUUCAUCUGAAACAGAUCCCGAAGUGGGUGUCGUCGUCUCCGAUUAUAUACUCUUUGAAGCUUGCAAAGUGCGGGAUCCAGAUGAAAUUAGACGAUUGGAAUCCAUCGGAAACGUAUUUCUAUGAUUACAUCGAUCUAUCGGAAAAUGAGAUCAACGGGAGUUCUGUGAAGCUGUUGAAUCGAACUGAUUAUUUGGUGGGUUUUUGGGGUUCAGGGAACCGAUUGAAGUUCAAUUUGGAGAGUUUGAAGUUUCCGGCGACGUUGAAGACGUUGGAUUUAUCGAGGAAUUUGGUUUAUGGGAAGGUUCCCAAGGCGGUGACAGGAUUGAACUCAUUCAAUGUUAGUCAUAAUAAGUUGUGUGGGGCUCUGCCGGCGACCACAUUUCCGGCGAGUUCAUUCGCCGGGAAUUCUUGUCUGUGUGGAUCUCCGUUAGCACCAUGUAAGGCCUAAGGGGUGUGUUGUGUACUAGUUACUUUGCUCGGUGUUUUUGUAUUAAAAAUGUUAUAUUCAAUAAUCA